AACUGAACUUGUAGUACCCAAGCAACUGGACCUGCAAGAUAAACUUCGUAAAGGUCCUUCCAAGGAUAUCGAUUUUUAUCCGGGGUAAUUCAAUGUUCGAUUUGAACAGCAUGCUGCUGCUGUUGGAUAUGCAUUGACUCGUUCCUGAUCCGAAUCAACUAACUGGCUAUUACUUAAAUCUCAAUGGAUAUUCUAUAGUUUAUUCCUGAUACUGCAUCAACCUGAGAAUUUCCUAUCAUUUUAUAAAUAAACAAAUGAAAACAUAUAUUGCACGAGAUGUGGAUUUUGAUGAUGUGGCAGAUGAUGUGGCGCCGUCACAGUUUUUCUUUAAAUGUCAGUUAACCAAAAAAGACGGCGCUAGGGGUAUUUUUGUCCGUAAGGGGUUUAGUUGAUCAUUAAAUAAAAUUUAGGGAGUUUAGCGGGCCAAAAUUUAGUUCAGGGGUUUAGCGGGCUUGAGUGCCAUGGGUGAUUAAUAGCCAAUUAACUGAUACAUAGAUAGUUAAAACUAAACUUAUUGAAUGAAAAAUUCUAACUUAAAACCAAAGCUGCCAAAUAAAAAUUCUAACUUCAUUCAUUAGCUUAUAAUUAAAUAUAGUAAUUUGUUUUUUUGAUAAUAUAGAGCCUCAUAAAUGAAUUUUAUUUACUAGGAAAACUUUUAGAUAUAGAGUUUUGUAGUUUUAGUAGCGUUUUCAGAAAUGGAAACGAAAUAUUGAAAUGCAAAACUCGAGAAGUUCUCGUGCAAUAUAUGUUUUCAUUAGUGCUUGAAAGAGAAUCAGGUUGGAGGUUUAGGGGCCAAUGAGAGUGUUGGAGCUGCAAGUGCUGGGGGCAAUGAUGGUGUUUGGCCUGCAAGGGAUGACAAUCCAGAGAACCCAGAGCAAAGAAUCCACAUGCAGCAAACUGUAACUGAUAAUAUUUUAAGGGAUCAAGCAUCUCAGAGUCAUUUGGGUACUGAACAAACUGAAAGAGGUCCUGGAAGUCCCAAAAAGUCAAAGAGAUUGAGUCAAAGCCUUGCUAGGAACUAUGCAAAGAAGUUUAAAGGCCCUGGGAGUUCAUCUGUUGGUGGAUUGGGAUUAGGAGUAACAUAUGGUGACACUAGUGUUCCAAGUUUUCAGGGAUCCAUGUCAUCAGCUCAGUUGAACAUUCCUCCUUUUUUGUCUCAAAGAACUGAGAAGGAAGGAGAUGCAUGGUCAUUUAGACAUGCCCUUACACAACCUUCUGGCAUUCGAAGCCACAAGAUGCCAUCUGAUCCAAAUAACUUGAACAAGGUCAAGUUUUACCAGGAAGGGCAUGGACAUGGAGACUUAGGAUUCAAUAUGGAGACAGAGUUAACAUGUAGAGGCAAACGAGCUACAACUGCCAGCAAGUUACAAUUCCAAAGGCAGCAAAUGAUUAACAACCUAAGCAAAUCAAACAACGAUGUUCCAUCAGGGAGUUCACAAGCUGGAAUUUCACAAGCUCCACCAUCAGAGACUUAGGAAAUUGUUAUUUUGCUAGUUUUUUGCUUAUGACACAACCAAACUGUUAUUUUGCUACUGUUUUGCUGAUGAUCUAGUGGGAUCACAAGUUCUUUUGCUUUUGAUUUAGUGGGAUCAUAUUGGGUUUUUGCUUUUGGUAUAGUGGGAUCAUAUUUGGUUUUUGCUUUUGUAAGUAUGCUCACCUGCUUUUUAGCAUGUAAAUGAGCAUUCCAAACUAUAUGUAAUGAUCCUUAAUUAGUUAUAUAUGAAUGGAUACGAAUUUGAAACAAA